AUGAGCAGUGACUCCGAAACAAAUUCGGAUAUCGAAAACUUCUCCGAUGCUCAAGAGCUAGAUGAUUUCAUCGCCUAUAGCGAAGAUGAGGAGGCCGACACCCGGCCUCAUGAGACAGGAAAGCAGCAAGAACCGGCCAACAUUGACAACAAGAUUGAUAGCUUUGGCAGCGACGAGGAGCCGCAAGACGAUAGGAUACGACAGCUCACCACCCUGUUGAAACCAAAUGAGUCUCAAGCACAGAAACUAUUGAAAGCCCACAUUGCUGUCUUGGUUUCCGCCCUCGGCGGUAUCGACCACACGUCGGCCGAGGUGCCGGCUCCAUAUAAACUAGGCCACGAUGCCUUGGCGUGCUUAAAAGACAUAAAGCGGUGGAUCAAAGCUGUCGACGAAAAGCAGAACAAUUACGAAGUGGCGCUAGCGUGCGCCGAGAGCGGACUCGUCCAAAAUGACUUGAUCGUGAUUCUAUGCCAGUGGGAAAAUCAAAUGCAACGCAAAGAGGCGGUUCGUAAUAAAGUUGCCACAGAAAAGAUCAUGUUGUCGUGCUUGGAGAUCUUGGUCCUUUUAACCUGGCCCGUGGACUAUGGCAAGAAUCUAUCCGAGAACCAAAAAUUGCUAUUUGGCAACGUUUGCAAAUAUCACCUUCUCUACAAAUACUCCAUACUCACCUAUAAUGACGGACAACUCCUCAAGGCUAUUAUUCGACUUGCGUUGCCGGUGAUUGCAAAAUCUCGAAUAGACCGAGAACCGCGAGAUAACCAAAUUCUAAGGUUGGUGAUGUUUUUUGUGAGAAACUUGCUCGCAAUUGAACCUCCAACCAAUUCUGUUUCUUCAAAAACGAGAAGCACUCAAGUGUCUUCUAGUGCUUUACCCGCAGGUGUUUCGCAUGAUGACAUUUCACUUGGUAACAUGCUCCGCAUAUUCAAAAAGAACAAGGUCCUCAUGCUACUUUUAACCAUUUCAGGCUCGAUCAACACCGAAUUCGACAAGGAUCUCUUUGGCGAGAUUUGCUUGGAGUGUGUCUACUUGAUUAUCAAAGGGUUGGAGUGCAAAGAGAUACUUGUUCCCAAUCCAGCACCCACGGUUGAUACCAGUGCAACCACGCCCUUGGUACCACUCUCAAGCACGGUUGGACUACAAUUGCAGGACCUACUUGCCACCGAGGCCAAAAAGAGACAAGCGCAAACCCAAAAUAUCGCCACAAGACACGGCAAGUUUGGCACCCUCCUAUCCAUCAGAUCCGCCGAUCAGAAUUCAUACGUGGUCUCAGGAGAAGAAGCAUUGAUAACCGCCAAUGGAACAUUGGAAAAAAUGGACAAGUCAAAGACUUGGAAGCACCAAAAUCACUUUAAAUAUGACUCGGAUGAAUUCGUCAAGACUAAUUCUCCCGUGUACCUCAACAGCCAAGGAAGACACAUUCUACAACGAUUUAUUGACGAGUUCUUAUCGGGCGGAUGCUUUAACAAUUUGAUCGAGAGCAUGGGGUCGAAAUUAACUAGUCAAUCCGAGGGUUACUCCACAACGGACGAGCUUACACAAGCAACCUAUUUCUUUACCAUUGCUUGGUUUUUAAACUACAAACGAGAGCAACACGUUUCCACAGCUUAUACUAGUUUAAAGACGUUUGACUUUGGUGCCGUGAGAGCAGCGCUUAGCGAAGUCAAUUUUAUCUUGAUUGUUGCAUAUUGUCGAGACUCGCACGCUAAAAGGUUGUGGAACUCUUUACACGUUGCUGUGAUAUGUCUUAAGGAAUUGAUGCAGAUUUCAAAUUCAAUCUUUGGCAAAAAGAGACCAACAAGUGGAAUAGAUCGUGACAACGACGAUGACGAUGAUGCCGACUCGCAAUACGAAAUCGAUCGAGAAUUGGCAGAAGGCAUCAUCCGAAAACUAUUUUCAUUCCAAGACUUCCUCAGCCUUUUGAUUUUGAUUCCGCAAUCAGCACACAAGCACUCGCCCAGGUUCUUGGCCGAAUCCAUCCGGGUCAUCACCAUUGUUCUCAAAGCAUUCGAGUCUUUUGCCAAGGAGGACUUGCAACUAUACGUACAGACCAAGAGAAGGCGAAGCAAAGCCAAAAGAGCGAGAGUAAACGAACUUGACCGAGACAAUGAAUCCAAGUUGAGAGCAGCUAUAUAUGAGUCCGAUGAAGAGUUGGCUCAGGAAAAUUUAAAAGAAGUCACUCGAGAAAGAAGGUUGAAUUUUCAGGCCACCGAGGUGAGAUUUUUCCACCAGGGUAUUGUCACAACCUAUAUUGAGUACCUUUCCCGGUUCGAGGACUUGACACACCAAGAUGUCAAGAUGUGCUUGAGCUAUUUUCACAAACUAUUUGUUGUCAGAAAGGACUAUAGUGGGUUGUUUAGGCUAGACUUUAUGCAGAUGCUAGUCAAAUUGAAAACACAUUUGCCGCAAGGCAGUUCCAUUCGAGCUCAAGUGGAGGAGUUUAUAUACUACUUUAUGAAAAAGUUCAAGGCUGCAAUUGCGAGGUUCCCCAACGUGCUAGAAAUUUUGUUUCCCAGAUUUGAAGAUUCUCUGUUGAAAUGUUAUCUCGCAACGGGGGAAUUGUAUGAACUGGACACUGCAAACUCAAACCGUGAAUUCAGCAAACAAAAAGAUGGAUUCGCUUCUUACACCGGCGCCAACAACGAAGAAGCACAGGACGAGGAGAACGAUGGUUUUGAUGAAGACAUUGCUUUCGAAAUAGCCGCAAAUCCCAAUGCAGUCAAUCACGCUUCUCAAUUGGACCAGCUUGAUGAGUUGGAAAGUCAGUUAAACAGCCAUCAAAAGAGGCACUCUCAUGUAUCAUCAUCGUCCUCAUCAUCCUUGGAAAAAGGGAAAGCGCAGAAGAGGAAAUCGAAAUCGAAAUCAAAAUCCACGAAUAAAAACCGUGAACAGGAAAUAUACAAUGGAGAAGCAGGUCACAGGAGGAGACGCGUGCCAAAGGAUUUAUUGGAGGAUAUUCAUACAUUGAAAUCGACAGAGUAUAUUCAUGACUCAGAUGACGACUCAGACGAUGAAAGAAACGCCGAGUUUUUCGCUAAAGAAGAGAGGUUGAGACAGUUGUUGAGCCAAACGGGAAGCAUCACCGAUGCCCAAAAAUUGGAAGAGUUUAAGAAAGUAUGGACCCAGUAUUCCAAGAUUGGCGGCGCCACCACCGAAAAUGUCGUCGCCAACGCGGUGAAAGAAGUAUCGUUAUUUGUCGAUGAAGAUGACCGGGAUGAACAAGAUGCCGAGGAGAGAGUUCCUAAUCUUUCUAGUAUUCUCGUGCAGAAACAUAACUCGCAUUCGAGUGCUGCUUCAGAUUCAUCUUCCGACGAUGAUGAUGACAAGAAUGAACACGCACGUGAGGACAUGGACAGCCAUAGCCAACAUUCCUCGGACACUUCUGUGGGAUCCGAAACAGGAAAACGUCCAAGAAUAGAAUCCGAGGAUGAUGAUGAUGAUGAAGAAGAGGAAAAAGCUGGAGGAAUUCACCCAUCAGCUCAUCCAACGAAAAAAAGAUUAGUGAUUGAAGAUGACGAAGAUGAUUUCUAA